AUGACAGGUGUCUUCAUAAGUCAUCAGAAAAUAGUUCGUUUAUCUACGUUGAUGCAUGAGGCGAUGAAGCAGCAGAACUAUUUAUCAGAAUGGUCUGUCCUCUGUUGAACGCCAUAUGAUUGAGUUGCGUGUCGACGGCUCACCUGAUAUUUUCACCUGUUCGUUCCUUCUUAAUCCACCUUCCUUGUAGGAGAAUUUCGGCAAGACUGUUACCAGGUAUAACAUCGCUGCACUACGACGGCUUCCUUCUCCUGGCUGUGGAAGCAGACAUCAGUCUUGUGGAUUGAAACAACCGGUGGGUAACUAAACAGUUAUUAGCUUCGCUGGAACGGGGAACAAAUCACCAAAAAAAAAGAUAGACAAAAAUCCACCCAAAAAUGUUCCUGAAACAUCGGUCUCACUUCCUUGUGGGAGGGUUCCUGGUGUGCGUUCUCUGCCUCCUCCUCUUCACCUACCUCCCGCCAACCUACCGACACCGGCCUCAGCGUCUAUCUUCAGACGUGGAGUCACAGCCGGGUAACCUCGAGUCCAGAAUGCUCCAUGCCUUAGCAGACCGGCCGGGAUGCCCAGAAUGCACUUCAGCAUCGCAUGUGAGGGAACAGCGCAACACCUUAUCCAAAAUGCUGAACGAUUUAAAACGACAGCUGGGACAACUAGAGUGCGACAAGGCGAAACUACAAAACAAAAAAGAUGUGUCCAGCAGCGGUGGAUGGUGCAAAGAAGAAAGUGACCCUAAGGAAUCUAAAGCUCACAUGUUUGACCAGAAAAUGGCGGAUUCUCUCGGUCAGUUCCUGUCCGGCCAGCGUGUUGGAAGCUUUGGUGACGGUCCAGGAAAAUACAAGGAGUAUCUCCUCCAACAGGGACUGGUCGCCUCCUACGACGCCUACGACGGGGCCCCCUUCUGCGAAAACGUCACAUCCGGGGCUGUCAAGUUUAUGGACCUGACGCUUCCUCAGUUCGGACUUCCGGUGUACGACUGGAUCGUCAGUCUGGAGGUGGCGGAGCACGUGCCUGCACGCUUCGAGGUCGUGCUGGUCGACAACAUCGCGCGCCACGCGCGGAAGGGCAUCGUGCUGAGCUGGGCACAUCCGGGUCAAGGCGGGUUUCAUCACGUGAACAACAAGAGCCCUGAAGAUGUUAAACGCCUGCUGGACGAAGCUGGUUUCCAUUCACAGGACAACGACAGCUUGUCGUUAAAGAAAAGCUCAACAUUCUCUUGGUUUCGAGAAAACAUCUUCGUGUUUAGAAGAAAAUCGGAUGCCAGUCUAAUAGAAGACGAUGCAUAGACAGGGAGUCACACUACAAUUAAAGGGAAUUUAGUGGAAGAGUUUAAAGUCUCGUUAUUUCAACGUGAAGGAUGUACCAAUAUAUACUGACUGACCGGCACUUUUGAGACAGGACAUUUAAAGACCUAGCGGGUUACAUUUUUUUUUUUAAAUUCUGUGAUUGGGUACAAGCUCAGUACAAAGUCUCAUGUCACAAACUCUGGUUUUAAUCGCUCCUUUGUUCUCGAGAUACCAUGAUGCCUACAAACAACACUACUAUGCACAGGUGGAAGUAAAAUUUGUGGAGACACGUUUAUGCACAGACAGGUCAUUAUAAUUUUAUGGUCUCAGCUCUUCCCCUUGCUGUAGCCUUGACUAAUUCAAGGUAUCCAUAGACAUUAAAAGGCCCACAUGAACUCAGAAAUAUAUAACACGUAUCCUGUGAAGCCAUCCGUUUUCUGUUGUUUUUUUUUCUUUCUUUUUGAGUGUUAACUUUGAGCUGCAUUUAUGAAUCGUAGCUCCUGAGUUCACAACUCAUCUUGGGACAUGUUGAUUGAUUGUCAUAAUUUUAAGUUUACGCGUGGCUGCUGUUUAUUUAUUUUGUUUUCUCUCUUCUUUUCUUCUCAAAGACUUUCUGUUUUGAUGAUUAUUAGACAUGAUAUAUGCUCACGAAAUAUUAUGGAAACAAAGGGAAGACAUGCUUUGCAAUGAGUUGAAUCAGCAGAGGUAUUAAAUAAAAAAAGACUUAUUUAUAAAAUUUUUAAUACCUUAAUUAUUGUUAUACUAAUUGGCUCCUACUUGUGUAGAAGUAGAUCUGUUGACAUAUAUGAUUAUUGUAAAUAUUUUUAUUGUGAUGUGGUCUGUAAUAUUGGCUAUUUUGCCAAAACCAAAUUUUUGCCUUAAACUUUGAGGGACAAAUAAAAAUAUCAGAAAAUUG